UCAUAUAAGGACGUUGAGCUCAGGCCAGAGAAUCAGAACACUACCUGACUAGAGCUAAAUGCACAGCCUGCUCCUAUUUUGCUGAAGCCAAAGACACACAGAGUCUAAGACUGAAGAUGGCGAGCACCAGAUUCUUUACUGUGGCCCUGCUGGUCAUUUUCACCCUCAACAGCUUCCUUCCUCAGACAGAGUCAGUAAGCUGCUGCCUGUCAUAUACCAAGAGAAAUAUUCACUGCCAAAAGCUGAAGGGCUACACCAUCCAGACAUACAAGGGCAUCUGUGACAUGGAUGCGAUCAUCUUCCACACGAAAGCGGGCAAAUUCAUCUGUGCUGAUCCAUCAAAAGAGCAGACACAGGGGACAAUCCAGUGCCUUAAUGCAAGAGCCAAGAGUUUGUUUUGAGGAACAUUCCGGACCUUCAGUCAUACAACACAAUGGCAAUGAAGCAAUUUAAUAAGACAAGCUAUUUUAAUUGUUUCAUUUCUGUGUUUUCUUUCAAGAGAAAGAGAUUUCUAAUGUUUAAACAUUUUUGAAUUGUAUCUUUUACCUAAAUCUGCUUAUGGUAUCUUAUGCUGAACUUUUCAUCAGUUCGUUUCUGAUCUGUUUUAUAAACAGAAGUAGUGUAGUAUGCCAUCUGAGAUACUAUGUUGGCAUAUUUGAAAGAUGGGUUAAAUUAAAAUAUUUUUAAUGUUUUUAAAGGGUAUCACAAAUUAUUUUUGUGUUAACUUUGCACUGUUUUCAGAUAUAUAUGUAUAUAUAUAUAUAUAUAUAUAUAUAUAUAUACAUGCAUGCAUAUACUGUAUAUAUGUGUACUGUACUGUACUGUUUAAACACAGUGAAAUGAAUCAGUAGGUUUGUUUUAUUUGGCAGAAUUCUUAAAGAAUCUAUGUAAGUAAUGGUGUGACGAGGAUAUAAUAAACAUA